AUAAAUUGGAGGCCCAGUCUAAAUUUCUUCAUCUCCUUCAGAAUCCGGAAAUGGCUAUUUCAAGUAUUUCUAAAAUCAACGGAGCACGGAUCCUGUCACAACUGCUCCAGCGCCAGGUGCGCGCCAUGAGCAAUGUCCCCGAGAACACAGUAUACGGGGGACCCAAGAGCCAGAACCCGAACCAGCGGGUUACUCUGGCCCAUCUUAGGCAGAAGCACAAGAAAGGCGAGCCCAUCACCAUGGUCACCGCCUACGACUAUCCCUCCGCAGUGCACCUCGACGCUGCCGGGAUCGAUAUCUGCCUCGUCGGUGACUCUGCCUCCAUGGUGGUUCACGGUCAUGACACCACACUACCCAUCUCGCUCGACGAAAUGCUCGUCCAUUGCCGCGCCGUCGCACGAGGCGCCAAGACCCCGCUUCUCGUCGGGGACUUGCCUUUCGGUUCUUACGAGUCUAGCGAUAAGCAGGCAGUUGAUACCGCGGUCAAAGUCUUGAAAGAAGGAGGGAUGGAUGCAAUUAAACUGGAAGGAGGAUCACCUUCAAGGAUUACGGCUGCUAAAGCCAUUGUAGAAGCUGGUAUUGCGGUCAUUGGGCAUGUGGGGCUUACCCCUCAGGCCAUUAGUGUUCUUGGGGGAUUCAGGCCUCAGGGCAAAAAUGUCGCUAGUGCUGUCAAGGUGUUAGUUUACCACGAUUUACUGGGAAUGAUGCAACAUCCACAUCAUGCUAAGGUUACUCCUAAGUUCUGUAAGCAGUAUGCGCAAGUCGGAGAUGUCAUCAACAAGGCACUGCUGGAAUACAAGGAAGAAGUAACAAAUGGUUCAUUCCCCAGUCCUUCUCACAGCCCAUACAAGAUUAAUGCUGCUGAUGUCAAUGGUUUCAUAAAUAAAUUGCAGAAAUUGGGUUUGGACAAGGCAGUAUCUGCAGCAGUUUCCGCGGCUGAGAAGAUGGAAACAGCUGCAUCAACUUGUAGAGAGUCCAGCAAAUAAUUGAACAAUCUGUAUCCGGUAGCUGCCCCUGUAUCUCAGCCUUUUCAUUUUAAGCGUGACCAAGAAGAGUUCACUAAUGGAGCGGUAACAGCAGUUCUCUGAGGUAGAAUAUUUCAGAUAUUUUCUAGAUUUAAUUUUUCUUAAUUACCACUGCAUAAGAUAACAUCUUUAUGAUGGAAAUUUCCAAACUUAUUUUGUUUAAUAAGGAAAAUAAUUCAUCGUUAGAAGUUUGAAUAAAAGAUGCAAAUGGUUCAGUCAAAA